AUGUGUGCCAGUGGUGACACAAUCAGGAACAUCAUGUUGGCUGCUCAUCGGCAAGGAAUGACCAAUGGGGACUACGCUUUCUUCAAUAUUGAACUCUUCAACAGCUCAUCAUAUGGAAAUGGCUCUUGGAGAAGAGGAGACAAACAUGACCUUGAAGCCAAGAAGGCAUACUCGUACCUCCAGACAGUCACUCUGCUGAGGACUGUGAAGCCUGAGUUUGAGAAGUUUUCCCUGGAGGUGAAAAGUUCCGUUCAGAAGCAAGGUCUGCAUGAGGAUGACUACGUGAACAUGUUUGUGGAAGGAUUCCAUGAUGCUAUUCUUCUUUAUGCUCUAGCUUUACAGGAAGUCCUGAAGUUUGGUUUCAGUAAGAAAGAUGGGGAAAAAAUUGUUCAGCAAACACGAAACAGAACAUAUGAAGGCAUUGCAGGGCAGGUGUCCAUCGAUGCCAAUGGAGACAGAUAUGGGGAUUUCUCUGUGAUUGGAAUGACAGACCCAGAGGCAGGCACACAGGAGGUGAUUGGGGACUACUACGGAAAGCAGGGGCGUUUUGAAAUUCGAUCAAAUGUGAAAUAUCCUUGGAAUCACGGCAGGCUGCGACUAGAUGAAAGCCGAGUUUCAGAGCACACAAACAAUACACCAUGUAAAUCAUGUGGUCUAGGAGAAUCAGCAGUUACAGGAAUAGUUGUGGGUGCCUUGUUCGGAGCAGGAUUGCUAAUGGCUUUUUACUUUUUCAGAAAGAAAUACAGAAUAACUAUUGAGAGACGAACUCGACAGGAGGACUGUAACAUGGGGAAACAUCGGCAGUUACGUGAAGACUCCAUUAGAUCUCAUUUUUCUGCUGCAUAA